UCAUUGACUUCCCACUAGUUAGAGUGUAAGGCUGCGGAUCUCAAAGAGACAGAGGGUCUAAUCAUUAGGAUUCACUAGGAUUUUGAGAGACUUGAAGAUGAUGAAUGUGAAGUUAAAGAUGAAUUAAGAGUUUAUAUCUGGCUUCAAGACUGGUCCAUGUUGAAGUGGAACACACGCAGGAGGCAGCAGCAUGGGAGUCCUUCAGCCCUGCAUCACUAUGACUCAUCUCCAUCAGUGGAUCACAUGGGGAACGUGCAUCAUACUGCUCUUCGCCCCCAGCCUGGAAGUCAAGGCGGGAGAGUUAUCAGGACCGUGCGAAGGUAGAGACUGUUCUGUCUGCAAAUGCCUGCCUGUGAAAGGAGCAAGGGGAGUCCAUGGAGCCCACGGACCGCAGGGGCCACGCGGGCCUAACGGGCCAGUCGGAGUGAUUGGACGUCUCGGCCAAAAGGGCAAACGAGGAUACGAGGGCCUGCCUGGGCCAGAGGGACUCAAGGGGGACAGGGGAGAGACCGGACCACCAGGUUUUGGCGGGCUAAAAGGAUUACAAGGUUUACCUGGAGAAGGAGGUCUACCUGGUGUGACAGGUGCGGAUGGAUGCAAUGGGACAAGAGGACUGCCUGGUACCCCAGGACUCCCAGGAAGAGUUGGCUUCUUUGGCCCACGGGGUCCUCCAGGAAUAAAAGGAAUGAAGGGAGAGCCCCAGCAUGGUGGGACUGAACCAGGGUUUCCAGGAGAUCCUGGGCCCCCUGGUCUUCCUGGUUUACCUGGACCCAAAGGAUUUAAAGGUUCUAAAGGGCUCUGGGGUCAGCCUGGUCCAGACGGAGAAGGAGGUGUUAAUGGUAAGGAUGGGGCCAAUGGUGUAAAAGGUGACACUGGAAGAUCACUGCCGGGCGAGCCAGGAGAUGAGGGAGAUGUGGGACAACCCGGACCGCCAGGACAACUUUUAGAGCUAGCUGAGCCUCCACUCGAAUACUUCAUCAAGGGUGCAAAGGGUGACAAAGGCGACCCUGGAUUAUGUGGAGUCAAAGGCCCACCUGGUUUUGCAUUAUCAGGAAACCCAGGAGAAAAGGGCAUUUCUGGAUAUGUUGGCUCUCGUGGUGAACAUGGCAUUCCGGGAGCACCAGGAUAUAGGGGUGUUAAGGGCAACCAUGGAGAUCCUGGGCUUCCAGGAAUAAACGGACUCUCCGGUGCUAAGGGAGAACAAGGAGAGCCUGGCCCCAAAGGAGCACCACUUUUGGUAGAUAGGUUAUCUGUUCCAGGUCCUGAGGGAGAUAGUGGGUAUUCAGGAGACCCAGGGUUGCCAGGCGAUAUGGGCGUUAUGGGGGCCCCAGGGCAGCCAGGUCCCCGUGGCUAUACACUCCCAAGCUCAGAUGGCAGACCAGGGCUUAAAGGCCCUCCAGGUCCCAAAGGCUUUAAGGGCGAACCAGGGCAGUUUUACAAUGGUGGGGGCGCUACUGGAGACCCCGGGUUGCCAGGGCCCCCUGGUCCUAAAGGGAAUCGAGGACCCGCAGGUGUGGGUGCAGGAUGCCUUGGCUACUGUGAUCCUGGUUUUCCGGGUGCACGUGGGGAAAAGGGUGAUCGAGGUGAACCUGGACAAAUUGGUGCGAUAGGGCUGAAAGGCUAUCCUGGAGAGUGUUUGUGUGAUUCGGCCUCUGGUCAUCAGGGGCCCACAGGACCUCGAGGACCACCAGGCUCUCCUGGUUACCAAGGUUCAGUGGGCCCAGCUGGAGCGAGGGGGGACCCUGGCUUCAAUGGAAACCCUGGACCUGUAGGCCUUAAUGGAAUCCCAGGGGUAACUGGUUACCACGGUGCCAAAGGCCAGAAGGGAGAAUCCUAUAUAGGUACAAAAGGCUUGAAGGGUGAGCAGGGGAUUCCGGGAACACCUGGUAUUAAUGGAGCUCAAGGUCCGCCUGGCCCUGAUGGAACCCACGGACCUAUUGGAGAUGCGGGGCUCCCAGGUGACAGUUAUACUGGGUGUAUAGGUGACAAGGGAUACCCAGGUUUGCCUGGUCCAAAAGGACCUCCAGGCCUAGCAGGACCCCCUGGUCCAGGCAUACCUGGCCCAGCAGGAGACCGAGGACCGGAGGGGGAUGAAGGACCACAGGGCCCCCCUGGUUUUUGUGGGCCUCCUGGACCUAGGGGCGAUAUAUGUGAUCAGCUUUGUGAUGACGAAGCAAGAAGUCCAGUUGGUCCUCCAGGACUACAAGGACCGCCAGGAGUUACCGGGAGACCUGGAGGUGAAGGGCAGCCGGGGCCACCAGGUCCUCCUGGACCACCAGGAUUGAAAGGGCCGAGAGGGGACGAUGCAUUCCAUCAAUCACCCCCAGGAAGCCAAGGUCCACCUGGUGAUCCGGGUGAUCCAGGCCCUCCGGGAUACGUCACAGAUGGCCCACCGGGCCCCCCGGGUCUCCAAGGGCCUCCAGGCCCAAAGGGACGACCAGGUGAUGGGGGACCAAAUGGCCCUCCUGGCCCUGUCGGACGAAGAGGAUCUACUGGACCUCCUGGACUAAAGGGUGUAAAGGGAACAGCUGGCCUGCCUGGUGUACCAGGAAGCCCAGGCCUUACAGGGACCAGUGGUUAUAAAGGACAUAUGGGAGACCCUGGGCCCACAGGAGCCUCAGGUCCCCCAGGGAGGCCGGGGGUGGUGUGUGGCUUACCAGGUCUACCUGGUCCAGUAGGACCCAUUGGGCCUGUAGGUUACAAAGGUGAGAAAGGUGGUAGUGGGCCGCCAGGCCCCACAGGUACUGGGCCCAAAGGACCUCUAGGGUCACCUGGAACACCUGGGUCACCAGGACGCCCUGGGCCAGCAGGACACCCUGGGCUACCCGGAGACCCUGGACUACAUGGCCUUAACGGAAUGAAAGGUAACAGAGGUAUCCCAGGAAUACCUGGCUUUGGGAGACCUGGAAAUCCUGGUGUGAGAGGCCCCCCUGGAAGACAAGGGGAAAGGGGUAACCCAGGACCAGAUGGAGCUGAUGGCGACAAAGGCUUCAAAGGAAUAAAAGGUCACAAGGGAAAGCCAGGGCCUCCAGGACCAGGGUUACAAGGGAAGGGGGAGAAGGGAAACCAGGGAUCUCCGGGGCCAAAAGGAUAUCUUGGAGUCAGAGGUGACAAAGGUUUCCCAGGACCACCAGGUUGGGCAGGUGUGAACGGUGUGGACGGCCCACCUGGGUAUCAGAAAGGCCCAACUGGCCCACCAGGAUGGUGUGGGCAUCUUGGCCCCCCCGGCCCUCCUGGACCUCUGGGAGAUCGGGGGCCCAAUGGGCCUCCUGGAGCCUAUGGUUACAAGGGUGACCCAGGUGUCCCAGGACCACCAGGUCCAUAUGGACUGCCAGGCUUAGAUGGCAUGAAAGGUGAACCAGGGCCCAGUCAAGGAUUCCCUGGGCCUCCGGGUCAGAAAGGAAGUCCGGGAGAAACUGGUCCUCCAGGCUGUACUGGGGCGAGAGGAGACCCGGGAGAGGAGGGUGACAUAGGCUAUAAUGGAUUCCCUGGCCCAAAAGGAAACCAAGGUCCCAGAGGGCCCCCAGGCCCUGCUGGUCCUCCAGGAUCUGGGCUCCAUGGUCCUCCAGGCCCCACUGGCCCCGAAGGACCUCCAGGCCCUAAAGGUUACCCUGGACCUAAUGGUCACCCGGGCCCAACAGGAGAUCCAGGUCUGCCUGGUCUGAAUGGCCUUAUUGGUGCAAAGGGAGAGAGAGGAUCAAUUGGGGUAGGUGGGGGUAGUCCCCAAGGACCCUCUGGUUCUCCUGGAGAUCAAGGCCCACGAGGAGAUCCAGGAUUCCCAGGAUUCUCUCAACCAGGAUCAAAGGGUUCGAGAGGCAAUCCAGGAACACCAGGCUUCCCAGGUGUCCCGGGGGAGCCAGGCAAUCCUGGGAGAGACUGCACACAGAGCAACAGAGGACCUGAUGGAGAUCCAGGCCCCCCUGGCCAUGAUGGACCUCCAGGACUCAGAGGUCCUCCAGGACCUCCCGGCCCAACACAUGCCUACCGAGGAGACAGUGGUGACACUGGACCGCCAGGUCCACCCGGACCCAAAGGUGACCCAGGAGGCCGUGGGCCUCUAGGACCUACAGGUUAUCCUGGACUCAUUGGCCUUAAAGGACCCAAAGGAUAUGAAGGUCCCAGAGGACCACUUGGUCAUGCAGGGCAGCCUGGUUUCCCUGGUCCCCAAGGCCUUCCAGGAAAUUCAGGACCCCCUGGUCCACCAGGUCGAAAGGGCGAACCAGGUGUAGUUAUAGAUGUGGACAGGCCCGAGGCACCCCCUGGAUCUAAAGGCCGCCCUGCUUUUAUUCCUGGCCCCACUGGUUUGCCAGGCCCUCCUGGUCCAACUGGAUCUCCAGGACGCAAAGGACCCAAAGGUGCAGAAGGGAGUCGUGGGCCGCCUGGACGAGAUGGUCCUGAAGGACCACAUGGAGUCCGAGGAGAUCCAGGUGAACCUGGAGCCAAUGGAUUUGUGGGACCUGAAGGCCCACAUGGUGAACCAGGAGACCCUGGUUUCCCAGGAAGCAUAGCAUCAGUUAGCCCUGGCUUCCUACUGGUCAUUCACAGCCAGUCAGCAAUCAUACCUAAGUGUGCUCAGGACAUGCAUGAGCUGUGGACCGGCUACAGUCUUCUCUAUCUGGGAGGACAAGAGAGAGCCCAUACACAGGACCUUGGUCAGGCAGGCUCUUGCAUGCCCAUCUUCAACACCAUGCCAUUCAGCUACUGCAACAAAGACUCCUGCGACUACGCAAGCCGCAAUGACAAGUCCUAUUGGCUGUCCACCACCGCCGCUGUGCCCAUGAUGCCCAUGGAGGGACACAGCAUCUCGCUCUACAUCAGCCGCUGUGUCGUGUGUGAGAGUCCAUCACCCGCCGUGGCCUUCCACAGCCAGGGCGAGGAGAGGGUCGGGUGUCCAGCGGGCUGGAGGACACUGUGGCAAGGAUAUUCCUUCCUUUUGUCCACUGGCACAGGAGAUGAGGGGGGUGGCCAAUCCCUGACCUCCCCAGGAAGCUGUUUAGCGGACUUCCGUACCCAACCCGCCAUCGAGUGCCAGGGGGCCAGAGGCACGUGCCACUACUUUGAGAACUUGUACAGCUUUUGGUUGACCAGCGUUGGCUUUUCGGAUCAAUUCAGAAGCCCCCCACAGCCAGUCACACUCAAAGGUCCGACAGAACAGCGAAAUCGUGCAAGCAAAUGCCACGUAUGUAUGAGGAGCAUACAGUCAGCAACAGUAAUCUGAUACACCCCAGUCUUGCUGUUAGAGGGCUGUCAGUGUAUUAUUAUGUUAUAAAUUGCAAUCUACAUUUUUUUAAUUGAAGCAUUAUCCUUUGGGAGAUCCUUUCAUUUGUUAUAAAUACAAGGAUAAAUACAAAGUUGUAUUUCAGUGUUAAUCCUAAUAAAUCUAUGUAACAGUUUGGCUUAAUUAACAAACUAGAGGCCCUGGAAUGUGAUAUUGUGAACCUAGUCAUUCAAAGCUGUAUUUUUCAUUUCUGUAUAGUCUAGUUUAUAUAUAAUUUCAUUUUCUCCUUUGUAGUAGUUAGUAUUUGACCAUUUGCAAUGGAAUUCAUGAAAGCUAUCUGACCAGCUUCAGUUUGAUAACUGAAAUGUAUCAAAGCUUAAUAUUGAUCUUAGCUUGUUAUUGAACAGUCUACCUAUCCUAAACUAAAACUCAUUGAAUCCCUAGAUCAGUUUGUCAAACAUUCUCUAUUCAGCAUUUUUUGUUUCUUCUAGUGUCAGCAAUGUCUCAGUUGAUGCAAUAUUGCCCUGUAUGUACCGUAUGCAGCUGAUUUAUCAUGGUCCUCUCUGAUUGUCAUUGUUAGACGAUACUAUCUAUGGCUUCUAACCUGCCUCUGACAUGUUACAAUUGGAGAAUUGUGAUACAUUUUUGUUUAAUGUCUCUUAAGGGUGCUGUAUCCAGUUUUACUGUAUUAUGUGUUUUACAAUCAAUUCUGUCUUUCGGUGCAUCAGAUGUCAUUAUACCAUGUAGUAAUUUCUCAUGUGGUUCAGUAUGAUAUGCAUUUGCAUAAUUCAUCAGUGCCCUCUAGAUUGAUUGAGUGACAGUUCUGGUGUGGUGAACAAGGUAAAACACAUCACUGAGAACCAUGAA